UAUCAACGCACAUAUUAGCGGUUAUUUUUAUUAUAAUCUACAUUUUACUCCCUACAAAGCAUAAAACUACAGAUAGUUUGUACUUUUCCAGGUAUUUGGCAACAGGAACAUCCUUUGCUGACCUCCAUUACACCUACAAGUUGGGAAAAUCAACAAUCGCUAAUAUAGUACGACAAGUAUGCUCAGCUCUGUGGAGAGUUCUCAAACCUAUAUGCAUGCCUCCUAUCUCAGAAGAAAGAUGGAUAAAAAUCAGCAAUGAAUUUUUUAAAUAUGCAAAUUUCCCCCAUGUCUUAGGAUGUGUCGAUGGUAAGCACAUAAGGAUUGUGCAACCCUCUGGAUCUCUUUAUCACAACUACAAACAUUUUUUUUCAACUGUUCUUCUGGCAGUGUGUGAUGCAAACUAUUGCUUUCUUUAUGUUAAUGUAGGGUCUUAUGGCAAAAGUAAUGACUCCACAAUUUUCCAAGAAUCAUUGUUUUACAAACACUUAUCUGAAGAAACGUUAAACGUCCCAGCACCUAAACCAAUAACAGCAUUAGAUAACACUAGUUUAUCUUACGUAUUUCUUGGGGAUGAUGCUUUUGGUCUAUCUAAAAACAUCAUGUGUCCUUACGUAGGAAAGCAGCUUCCCCAUGUUAAAAAAAUCUUUAACUAUAGACUUUCAAGGGCUCGCCGCUACAUAGAAUGCACUUUUGGAAUAAAGGCUAACAAGUGGCGAGUAUUCCAUAGAGCUCUGAAUGUUAACAUCGAUUUUGCUGAGUCAAUUGUAUUGGCGUGCUGCGUUCUACACAAUUACGUUAGACGCAAAGAUGGCUUCAGGGAGGAAGAAACUUAUUAUCAAGCACCAUUUGAAAGUGUUGAUGGCACAUGGCAAGUUCCUCGGGCAUGUAACUACGCAAGAACUGUGAGGGACAAGUUUACGCAGUACUUCGUUACGGACGGGAAACUCCCUUGGCAAGACCGCAUGGUGUAAGCGUUUAUGUGAAAUAUACACUGCUGAUAACAUUAGUGUAUAAGAUGUUGUGAACACAAAACACUGACUUAUUUCAUAAGUGCACUCUAGUGCAUUUGUAUUACAAAUAUGUGGUACUUGUAUAAAGACAUACUGCCUUAAUUUUAUUGAUUUAACGUAUUACAAUUUGAAUAAAUGUAUCAUUAAUUAAUACUAAUUAUGCUUUGUAUAUUUACCUAAAAGUGUCUUCUCUUCCUUUGUCAUGUUUUUUUCUGCAAACACAUCCACAAU